UAGCUUUUCAAUGUUUGUUUUUGUCUUUUUGACCGUGAAAUGUAAAACGGUACAUCGUUAUUCUUUAUAUAUUACGUUGUUUUAGAUAUACCAGUAUACGGCAGUUAUAAUAGUAAUUUGCAUAUUUUUUAACUACUAAAUGGCCACGAAAAAUAUUCUUCAAAAUAUAAAUGCACAAUGGAAGGAGAAUGACAACAGAUCACCAAGUAGAAAGCGACGGUUAGAUGACGUCACUGAAGAAUCACAAUUACCUUCCACGACCAAACGACGUCAUCUUCAAACAAAUACAAACGUUGUAAAUUCCACAGGAUUGAAACAAGGCCUGACAAAUGUGAAAAAUUCAAUAAAUCCAAAGAACAAAUCAAUAAAAAAUUUCUUUUCUGAUAUUCCACGUGUGUCAUGUACUAAAUCUGAAAAGAUUCAAAUUUUUAAAGAAGCUAAGAAAACUCCAAAAAAGAAUGCAACCACUCAGACAAGGAGUGAAGCUGAAGAAUUGGUCUGCAGUGAUCAACCCAGUGAAAAAUAUUGGGAACUCUUAGCCGAGGAGCGAAGGAAAGGGUUGCAUGAAGCACUAGAAGAAAAUAAAGAGUUGGCGGAUGAAAUUGUAAAAAAAGAUGAAAUUAUUGAAGAAAUGAAAUCUGAGAUCGAGCGAUUAGAAGAGACUGCCUCCCAUGCUCAGUAUCUAGCAUCAGUCAUUGAACAAAUUGGUAAAGGUUGUUUGGAUGAAACAGGAUCAGAAGAUGACUUGUCCCAAGCAGAUGCCGCAUCAGAACAGGAAGAAACAACUAAAGACCUCUCUUCUCUGAAUCAACCUCAACCAAUUGAUGAAGAAAAAGGCAAUGGUGCACCUGAUGCAGUACAAUCAAGUGACCAUGACAGUGAUAAGGAAAACAAACCAGAAGAUGCAGAAUAAAUCACUUUAUUUCAGAUUCCUAACUUUUAUCUCAGAUUUACAUUGAUUUUUUUUUAUCUGAUUACUGCCACGUGUUGAACUCAUGUAGUGUGUUUUGUGAUCUUAUUAUUAAUAAACUGUGAAGACUUUUUUCACAA